AUGGAUACAGAAGAGAUCGUCUGCGUCCACGUAACCCUCAAGUUUGUAAUCUUUAAGAGCAUCGAAAAAAAUGAAAACAGCCGUUGCGAUAACUUCCUUAUCAACUUGGCGGAGGCCAAUGACAUCGAGGCAGUCAACAAGUCGAAGGAGUACUUUGUCCAAAAGUUUCACAAAAUUUUAAGGAAGAAAAAAAAAAAUGAAUACGAAUGUCUGCUCAAUGGAACAAUAACGGAGAUCGCAACGUUUCUCUCCCAGCAUAUGGAGUUGUACAUACAGAUUAGCAAAGUUAAGUAUGACAUAGGUGAGCACAGUGACGGUGACGAGCAGACACGGGUCGAUACAGACGGGGCGGACGCAAACAGGAAGAACGACCCACUACUUACCAACCUGAAGAGAGAACCAAACGGACGCACCACCGAUCGGAGGAACAAAAUACAUCUGCUCAAAAGCGUAGAUCUUGUAGAGGACGACAUACAAUUUGAAAACGGACAGAUUUACUUCAAGUGUUUAUUUAAAGAUCUGCUAAGUGACGACUUUGAGUUUAUCCACCAGAGCAAGUACGAGAAUAUUAGUAACUUUUACGUGAGCAACGAUUUUAUUUUUUCUAUUUCGGUUAAGUUUGAGGAGUGCAUGUUGGGGAGGCGGGACUUAGAGAGGAGUGACAAUCGGCGGUGCGACAAGCGCGGCUUCGAUUAUGAGCACGACGACCUGCGUUACGACCGCUACGAUCACCACCAUGACAAACGCGCACGGAAGUACUGGCACCUAGUGAACCUCUGCCACAUGACCAAUUUAUUCUACCUCCACGUCAACUUUGAUGCGUAUGAGGAGAGCUUCUUUCGCCAUAAUUGUGUGGAGGUUACCGUGGGGGACAUGCUGCAAAGUCUUUCAGGGAAGGACGCACAUGAUGGUACCACAAGUGGGGAGAAGAGAAACGAAUCUGGUUUCGCUUCACCUGCGGGGGGACACCUCGAUGGGAUUCAUGGUAACCACCCUGAUAGGGAUGGCAGCUCUCCAAUGGGCUGCCACUUCUCACUGAUCCUAAUCGACCGAGUGGAAGAGCUCUAUGAUUACUUCCGCCUGAAUGAUAUACGCAUUAUUUUUAAUAAAAUGCAAUUGGAGGUUGAAAAGAAGGGAGCAUUUUUUUCCCUUCAUAAAAUAAGUAAUGACUUGUGGAUCCGUUACAAAGACAUGGAAAGGAUGACGUGCCAAUUGAGCACCGUCGGUGGGUCUGCCCCGUCGUUAAAGUUCGAAACAACGAUCAUGUCUAUUUGUUUACGUCCUCAGGGAGAAGGUGGGGGGAGGUUUAUCAAUUCUUUGCGGUGGAGAAGUAGCUGUGACAGCGUUGCAGGUGGCUACACAAGCGGGAGUAGCAUAUCGCCUCAUCCUCGUUACAAGAAUGGGAGGUACCCCCACCGGAGCAGUAGUAACUCCCCCAGUUGGGAUAACCGAGUUUAUGCAAACAGGAAGGAGUUGGGCUCCCCCAAGGAUCACAUCAUCAGGUGGAAUUUGUUCCUCUCCGUGGAGCGCUGCCACAUUUUGGAACUGAGCAACAUUUACGCAGAAAAGAGGAAGACCCGGCAGAGCGACUUUUUCGUGAAGAUCGAGUCGGGUUUGCUUGAGCGAUGCUUCGUGUCUCCGUUCUACCCCUUUGAGGAGAGCCGACAGAUCGAACUGAAGAAUUGCCACGUGAGCCACGACUUCCAGGUGAAGGGAGCAGACCCCUGCGACCAACUCGAAGAUCAAGUGGUGCACUUUCACCUAGCCCUGCGCGAGGAGCACACUGAAGAAGAAGGUACCCGAAGCGACCCCAACGAGGAUACUAGCAGCGGAAUCAACAUCGGGGUGGGGGAACUUCCCCUGAAAAACGUGUCCAAGGAGUUAAAGACCGCACUGAUGAAGGAGCGAGGAGCACCCCCCCAGAGGGAUUACUACCAGUUUGACUUUUGCGUGCCUCUUUAUUUACACGUAUUUAAAGAGAAGUAUUUAACGUCCGAGUUGACUGUGCGUAUAUUUUUGAGCGCACGGCAGGGGGGGGUUACCGAAGUUGGAGGAAAGAUUGGGUCCACACAAGAAGAUAUUCUCACAAUAGACGAUGGUGGAGAUCAUCUGGUUAAGCGUUCCCCAAAGAAUGACGCCAUCCCGAGCAACAUAUAUGAAUUCAAACUGUGGAAAGAAGAGGAGGAAAGACGAAUGACGGAGAUGCUAAAAAGGAGGGAACAAAAUGUGAUGAAAAAAUUGAUAAAAAAAUAUGAAGCCAUGGAGAGGGAAAGAAAAAACGAAAUCGAAAAAAAAAAAAACGAAUUGAAGGAAAUUAUAAUAAAAGUAAAAGAAGAACAAAUAAAUGUAAAAAAAAAUGAAAACCUUGUCAAAGUGAAAGACAAACAAUUAAAUGACGAAAUAUAUAUGUUGGAAAAAAAAUUAAAAAAAAUUAAACACGCUUAUGAAAAAUCGUUGAGCUAUUUUAAGCAAAAGUUAAGGAAAGACCAUUUAGAGGAAAGCCUCGUAAAAGAAAAUGACCAACUUGUGGCCAGUUAUAAAACUGCUCUAUCAAAGGUGAAAAAGUUAAGCAAAGAAAAUGAAGAGAUGAAGACCAUUUUGGGGAAGUACAACAGUAGGGAUAAUGCUAUUAUUAGCAACACGUACUUUGAGGAGCUGAAGGAGGAACUGAAACGGCUUAAGUUAUUUCACCAACAGACGGUUCAAUCGCACCGUUUGGGGGGAUACACACACGAGGGGGAACCUACAUACAACAGCAGCUACAUAAGAACAGUGCGUAAAAACAGAAAACGGAUUAUCCAACUCGUUGGUAAUUUCGUGCCACAGAUUGAACAGAUUUAUGAUCUGACAAAUGACGAUCUGCUGGAGGAAAAGGUUCGCUCCAUUUUGAGGGAUGUCCAGGAGGUCAGGUUGAUUCUGCGGGUUGAAGCCAAGGAAUUGGAUCGUGCCUCCCCUGAACACUGGCCAGGAGAUUCGUCAGACGGGUUGGCAGACCAGUCAGCAGACCGGAUAGAAAACCACGUAGUGGACCACUCCCCCAAUAAACACAUGGACGUAUACGCAGUAGAAUUACCUGACGAAGCGCUGGCCAUCCGUACCGACCCAUCGCGAACGCUGAGUAGGAACCCACCAGGGAAGGCGCCCCCGCUGGGAAGGCACGCAAGUUUGGUUAACCACCCAAAGGGGAAGAAGCCACCCCCUCAGAGGAGCGUUCCGAAGGGCAAAGGGGUAGACAUCCCCUCCAAAGGGAUAGGCGCUCACUGCAGGGAAGCACCUCCCCAUGCCAAGCUUCUAAGUGAGAAGCGCGGGAGGCCCCCCAAAAAGGACUCCGCCCCGACCCCACAAACGGACGGAUUUAAAAAAAGGGAAAAACCAAACGAUAAUGCAAACACGAUCGAAAAUUUAAAAAAAGAAAUAAAGCGACUCAUCGAAAGUGGAAUAUAUAAUGAGGACGACACGAUUAUAAAAAAUAUGAAGAAGAAGUUAAACGCGCUGCUCUGA